UUCUGGUUUACUAAUGCUGAGCAGGUGAAGUUUGUGGACUGUGGCUCAGUACAAGGAAAAGUUGCUGAGGUUGACAUCCAGCCCUGCCCAUCACAGCCAUGCCAGCUUCACAAGGGACAGUCCUAUUCAGUCAAUGUAACCUUCACCAGCAAUGUUGAGAGUAAGACCAGUGCAGCUGUGGUGCACGGAAUGGUUGCUGGCAUCCCCGUCCCCUUCCCUAUUCCUCAACCAGAUGGUUGCAAGUCUGGAAUCCAAUGUCCUAUUGAACCGCAAAAAUUAUACAGCUACAUCAACCAGCUGCCCGUUAAGGCCGAGUAUCCAGCAAUAAAACUGGUUGUGGAAUGGGAAUUAAGAGACGACUCCAGCAAAGAUUUAUUUUGCAUUAAGUUCCCUGUUCAGAUUGUGAACUGAGAAGGCCAACACUGAAGCCAAAAAUGCUUACAAAGGGAUACAAUUAAGAACCGAGGCUUCUGGAUGCCUAUUGAUCUCUUAGAUCUAAUAUUAGUAGAUGCAGAUUUUAUGAUUUAUUCUAAUACUUUUUUUCUAGCCUUGACAGAUUUGUCAUUUUAAUGUGUGGUCUUUAACUGUGCACACAGUGCCACUCAGAAAUUGCCUAAUCCUAGUUUGUUUCUAAUGUUAAAUUAAUGAUUCACCAGAACGAGACGCUGACAAACAACAGUGGUCAGUGCUGGUGAUUAAAUCAGUGUGGCUAGACUGUUCUGAUGUGUCUAAUCAAAGGUUUUUUUAAACAACUGGUUGUGAACUUUUUACAGACAUUUUUAAAUCGCCAUAUUUAAUAAAGACUGCAUCUUAAUAUGCGAUUAUUUUCUUAAAACAUUGGCAAAUGUGUUUGAAUUAAAUAAACUACUUUUUUAUGGUAAA